AUGACUACACGAUAUGUCGACUUUGAGGGCCCUGAUGAUCCCUCCAUACCUUUUAACUGGUCAAUUGGGAAACGGGUGUACCUCUCAGUCUUGUUAGGACUUCUUACAAUGGUCGUGGCUAUGGCAAGCAGCAUCUUUACUUCCGCAAUACCUACCGUGAUCAUGAUGUACAAGAUUGACAGGGAAGUUGCAACGCUCGGUGUUUCUCUCUACGUCCUUGGGUUUGCUACGGGUCCCUUAUGCUGGGCUCCCUUCUCCGAGCUCAAAGGCCGAAAGCUUCCCCUGGUUACAUCAACCUUUGGCUUUACCGUCUUCUGUUUCGCGACCGCCGUUUCAAAAGACCUCCAAUCGCUCAUGAUCCUGAGAUACUUUACCGGAUUCUUUGGGGCAGGCCCUUUGACUCUUUCUGGGGCUGUCUAUGCGGAUAUCUUCCCACCGCAUCAACGCGGGAUUGCAAUGGUCGGGUUCUGUCUAAUGGUGUUCACGGGCCCUCUUACAGCUCCGUUCAUCGGCGGCAUUAUUUUUGUCCUUCUAUUUCUUACGCUAAAUGAAACAUACGAGCCAGUCCUACUGUCUUGGAAGGCCUAUAGAUUACGACGAGAGCAUGAUGAUUGGUCCGUGCGUGCAAAGCAUGAGGAAGUCCAACUUGACAUGCGAUCAAUCAUUACCAACUAUAUCAGUCUUCCGUUGAAGAUGUUGGCUUUUGACCCGAUAGUGCUGUGUAUGAGCGUUUUCGCUUCAUUUGUCCAUCACAUGAAUCCUGGGGUGGGUGGGUUGCCCUAUAUCGGAAUCAUCGUGGGACAGUUACUCGGCGCACUAGGGGUAUUUGCAAUGCAACCAUGGGUCCUACGGAAAAUGGAGCGAAAUGGAGGCCUGAUGUUGCCGGAGUGGCGUCUUCCCGUUGCAAUCCCUGGAGCAGUCGCUUUCUCGGCAGGUCUAUUCUGGUUAGGUUGGUCGGGCUACCGGCGAAGCGUAUCAUGGGUAGUUCCUACAAUAUCAGGCCUUCUUACCGGGUUCGGCCUACUGACUAUGUUCUUGUCCUCCAUUGCCUAUCUAGUAGAGGCACGACCGAAGAGAGCUGCUUCAGCUGUCGCUGCGCACACGUUCCUUCGGUCAUUGGCUGGUGCUAUAUUUCCACUGUUUGCUUUUUACAUGUUCGACUCUCUGGGGAUUCAAUGGGCCUGUACAGUGCUCGGAUGCGUCGCUGCGGUCCUCAUCCCAAUGCCCUUGCUGCUCUAUCUCUACGGCAUCCGAAUCAGGAGUCGUUCUGGACUGGAGGAGGAUGGUUAG